CGGCUCUUCACACUACACCGGCAGCAGCUCUGUACCGCCACCCUGCCGCAAAGCGGAACGCAUCUGCGCCCGGCCGCUGUUUUCCCACGGACUCAUUGACGAAGGGACCCCGCCAGGCCGGGGGGCAGCCUGAGCGGGCGGACGGACGGAAGCACAAGGAGCCCGUGCAAGAUGGAGAGGGUGACCGAGGGGAGGUGGGAGUCUCUGCCCGUCACGCUCAGCCCGGGCGUCCUGCGGACCCUGCGGGAGCUGGGCUUCCCCCACAUGACCCCCGUGCAGUCUGCAACUAUACCUUUGUUUAUGAACAAUAAAGAUGUUGCUGCGGAAGCGGUAACAGGCAGUGGCAAAACAUUAGCUUUUGUAAUUCCCAUAUUAGAAAUUCUCCUCAGACGGGAAGAAAAGUUAAAGAAAAUGCAGGUUGGAGCCAUAGUCAUCACGCCCACAAGAGAGUUAGCUGUUCAGAUUGAUGAAGUGCUAUCACAUUUCACAAAACACUUCCUCCAAUUUAGACAGAUUCUUUUGAUUGGUGGUAGGAAUCCAGUAGAAGAUAUUGAAAAGUUCAAAGAACAUGGUGGGAACAUCAUUAUAGCCACACCGGGCCGUCUGGAGGAUAUGUUCAGAAGAAAAGCAGAUGGGCUGGAUUUAGCAAGUUGUGUGAAAUCCCUUGAUGUGCUGGUAUUGGAUGAAGCAGACAGACUUCUAGAUAUGGGAUUCGAAGCAAGUUUAAAUACCAUUCUGGACUUUUUGCCCAAGCAGAGACGAACAGGCCUGUUUUCAGCAACUCAAACUCAAGAAGUAGAGAACCUGGUGAGAGCAGGUCUCCGAAAUCCUGUCCGCAUUGCAGUGAAAGAGAAGGGAGUGGCAGCAAGUAGCACUCAGAAAACACCCACACGGCUUGAAAAUUACUACAUGAUAUGCAAAGCAGAUGAAAAAUUUAAUCAGUUGGUGCAUUUUCUUCGACAACACAAGCAGGAAAAACAUCUGGUCUUUUUCAGUACCUGUGCCUGUGUGGAAUAUUAUGGGAAAGCUCUGGAAUCCUUAGUUAAAAAUGUGAAAAUAAUGUGCAUUCAUGGGAAAAUGAAACAUAAACGUAACAAGAUAUUUACCGAGUUUCGGAAACUCCCAAGUGGCAUUUUAGUUUGCACUGAUGUGAUGGCCCGUGGCAUAGACAUUCCAGAAGUAAACUGGGUUUUACAGUAUGAUCCACCUAGCAGUGCAAGUGCCUUUGUGCAUCGCUGUGGUCGAACAGCUCGAAUUGGCCAUUUAGGCAGUGCGCUUGUGUUUUUGCUUCCCAUGGAAGAAUCUUACGUAAAUUUUCUCUCAAUAAACCAAAAGUGUCCCAUGCAGGAAAUGAAACCACUGAAAAAUGUGGUAGAUGUUCUUCCAAAACUUAAGACUCUGUCUCUGGCUGACAGAGCCAUGUUUGAGAAAGGGAUGAAAGCAUUUGUAUCUUGUGUGCAGGCCUACGCCAAACACGAGUGCAAUCUUAUCUUCCGAAUAAAAGAUCUGGACUUUGCUAGUUUUGCUCGAGGUUUUGCCCUGCUGAGGAUGCCAAAGAUGCCUGAACUAAAAGGAAAGUGUUUUUCAGACUUUGUUCCUGUCAGUAUUGAUACAGACUCCAUUCCCUUCAAAGAUAAAAAUAGAGAAAAACAAAGGCAAAAGCUGUUAGAGCAGCAAAGAAAGGACAGACAAGAAAAUGAAGGAAAAAGAAAAUUCAUAAGGAAUAAAGCCUGGUCAAAGCAGAAAGCCAAAAAGGAGAAGAAGAAGAAAAUGACAACGAAAAGAAGAAGAGAAGAGGGCUCUGAUAUUGAAGAUGAGGAAAUGGAGGAGCUGCUGAAUGACACACGACUUUUGAAAAGGUUAAAAAAGGGUAAAAUUAGUGAGGAAGAGUUUGAGAAGAGGCUGAUGAGCAGUGAGAGAAAAGUCAAAGCUGUGGUUGACUCAGAGUCUGAAGACUGACAAUCCUGCUUCAAGUGUCUCCCUCUCAUUUUAGUAAAGCUGUACUUUUACACAAGGCCACUUCAUGCUGUGCUCUGCACUGUUAGUACUUAUGGAAGCCAAGGCUGUUUUGUAGGUAACUAUGUGCAUCUAGUAGAAUCUCUACUGGGGGCACAAGCAUAGCUGCAACUUUGAAGACAGAACUAAAUCAGACUGCUGUUCCAAAACUGAAUGCUUUGGGUAAGAAAUGUAGAAUUCAGUUAUCAGUGCCUGGUGGAUUCUUGUUGUUCAGAUGUGUACCUAACAUAUCUGGAAUCAUUAAGUAAUUUUUAAACUUGUUCAGAGAUCGUAUGUGGGGAAAGGCAGUUUAGGUGGUAUCCUCAGAAUGCUGCACCCCUCUACGAAAAUUUAUUUUAGACCUUCAGAUCCUCAAUGACUUACACUUCUGUUUGCACACUGGUCCAUUUCUAUGUAAUAAAUGAAAUCAAAACUUUCUGCUUCACUGUAAAAAUCAGAAGGCUGCUGGUAAUGAGUUAAUCCUUAUACUGUUUCCUUUCUAUGACAUGUUGGGAUAGUUUAUAUCUGUCAAACUCUGCAACUGUGAAGGGAUGGUCAUUGAACAACAGAGCACAAUGUGCAGUGAAUCUGCUCCCUUACAGAUAAAGUUUAAUAAGUUCAUCGCUGACAGCCGAUGGAGUUAACACACCCAGGUCUGUAAACAACAAUGUAAUUAGUGAUGGUGAGGUGUAGUCAAUCCAGGGGUGCUCCUCAGUUAGACUUCGGUUUGUUUUCAGGGUGUCUGCUUUGUACUGCGGGGGAGAAGAAAACCAUCAGUUGUCACAAAACAAUAAAUCUUUUUGAGCUCGAA